AUGAGAACCAUUGAAGAGACCAGAAAGAGAUGGGCGAAUCUCUUCGGUAACGACGCUCCCGCCGAUUUUCGAUCCGCGCUCCGAGCGGACCAGGGAGGAAAGCUGUGCAACGAUGGCCUGAGGUCGAUUUGCUGGAAAGUGUUUCUGCUCUUCGAGGGUCUUGAUCGCGAACAAUGGGCGACGAAAUUGGACGAGUCGCGUGAUGCGUAUGGCGCACUUCGCGCUCAUUUUCUGAAAUACAUCGAGCAUCCGGACGACUUGGAGUCCACUGCUGAUCCACUGGCAGAUGACGAAGAGUCACCCUGGCAAACACUUCGUCAUGAUGAGAAGCUUCGGGCUGAAAUUCUUCAAGACGUAGAUCGAUGCUUGCAAGAAAACUACUUCUUCCAGGAGCCGGCGACCAAGUCCAAAUUGACCGACAUCUUGUUUGUUUACUCGAAGCUCAACCCAGAUGUUGGCUACCGGCAAGGCAUGCAUGAAUUGCUAGCCCCAAUUCUCUGGGUUAUCGACCGAGAUUCCAUCCAGUCGCCCUCGGAAAAGACAGCAAAUGCAUCGGAGAACAAAAAUGACGAGCUGAUGUUGGACCUGCUUGAUGCCAAGUUUGUGGAGCAUGAUUCAUUUACAUUAUUUCUCUGCGUCAUGCAGACAGCUCGCACCUUUUAUGAACAUGGAGAGACUCGAUCGUCGGGUGGUCAGAUGGAUGUCAUUCCGAUUGUCAGUCGGUGCGAAUAUCUUCACAAAGAGGCUCUUGGGACUAUAGACCACGAGUUAGCAGAUCAUCUGCAAGUAGUAGAGGUGCUGCCACAAAUAUUUUUGACCCGUUGGAUGCGCUUGCUCUUCGGAAGAGAAUUCCCCUUUGACGAUGUGUUGGUGAUGUGGGACGUGAUGUUCGCCAAUGGAUUACGACCCGAUCUUGUGGAUUUUACCUGCAUCGCAAUGCUACUCCGUAUCCGCUGGGAACUUCUCAACGCGGAUUAUUCGGGUGCAUUGUCGUUGUUGUUACGCUACCCAUCUCCUCAACUGCAUGAACCGCGGAGCUUUGUUUACGAUGCACUCUACCUUGAGCAAAAUCCCACGGCGGAACGAGGGAGCUUCAUAAUUUCCAAGUAUUCUGGCAGAGAACCGGAAUCCUCAAAGCGCCACAGCCAAUCCCGUUUGCGACCCGCGCGACGAGUUCAUCUGUGGGACGACCUGACAAACAGCAGCGGAAGUAACUCUUCCGCACAUUCCCCGGCCAGAAAUAGUCCCAAGAGCCUGGAGUCACUCUUCCAAGACGUUUCACAGGGGAUCCAGCGGCGGACCGAAUCUUGGGGUGUAGCGAAAGCCGUUCGAGGAGCGGUGACCGAAGCGAGGAAAAACAUGCAAACGAUGAACUACGAACCGGCUCUACGAGCUCACAUUGCGGACCGCAGACACUCCGCUACUGUUCCGACAAAGAUUUUGAAAACCCCGGCAACGACUGAACUAGGCUUGAAAACACAAAUUAAUCGCCUGGAAGAAAGAAACCAUGAAUUAGCAACUGCAUUGGGCGAAGCACUGAAGGACCUCCGCUCGCAACUGACCUCUGUAAAGGAUCUCGAUCCAGUCACAAACAGUGCAUUGCAGCAGAGUCUGGGGCGAGCCGAGACGGUUCAAACCUGCCUCGAAGACUCAUCGCUGCCGCUGCCAGUACCCGGGCCUUCCAACGCAGAAGAUGAGACAAUUGAGCCCGUCCCAUCACCACUCCUACCACCAAAAGACCCCAACAUCAAAGAGACUCCCGCAGGUACGAGUGGGGAUGAUCAACAGGGCACAACAGAUUCCGAGGCGUGCAACCCCCAGCCAAGCGCAGGGAAGAGCUCCUUGACACCGGCCAGCACGGUGGGCGCAGCCAAGACCGACUGCCCGGCUGAAGCAAGGCGGGAUGUACAGCGGCCGAGCAUACGGCCAUCCCUGUCGGAUGCAGGUUUCUCGUGGAUGUUAGAAGGCAGCCGAAACCUCUCCAGUUUCGUGAGUUCGGCAUCGGUGCCGCCGGAACAGACUCGACAUCCGGAGCCGCCCCGAACCAGGGGUAGUCCACUCUUCGGCAAUAGUGCAGAGGAGAAGCCAGGCUCCGAUACCGAGCACGAUGAACUGGCCCUGCGCAGUCUCCGGGGUGCCCGGGGUCCGCUGUAA